AGUCCGUGAGCUCGAGUGAGUAACUGGGAGUCGCAACUGGGGGAUCCACUCAGUCACCACGAGAUCGGCAAGCCGAAUGGUCAACCGCGCCGGUGGUUCUUCUGAAAAGUCUGCAACUAGUUGAAGAGGGGCCUCCUGCAGGGACCCUGGGUCAGGCGCAGAUUAGACCUUCGAAUGUCAACGGACGCGAUCGUCCACGAUUAUCUCGAUUCGAUCGCGGCGCAGGUGGAUGGACAAUCGCGUCGCUUCAAUUUCCCGACGGAGAAUAGACUGGCCGAUUGAUCAGAAUCAUCUCGCGGGAACGCUGACGAUGUGGAGAGUUCUGGUGCGCUGUUAUGUCACUUUGACGUCCAUCUGACGCACAGUAACGAUACCGGUGUCUCAGAAUAUACGUCCCCAUACGGUUUCCGGCGCGCGUCGCGGUUUCGAUAUCCCGGGGACUACAAUAUCCUCGCGUGACAGUUCGUCCCAGCAGCGGGACGCGACGGUGAAUGAUAACGGACGACAACGCCGUUUUUCCGGAGCAACCAGUCGAUUCACGGAAAGAUCGCGAGUGCGCAAGUGGAUGCGAGCGGAAACUGUCAUCCGGAGCAGCCGAGGACUCUCCUGCAGGAGGACGAGGAAGAGAUGAUCUUCGUGCUGCUGGUGGCCGGAGCGUUCGCCCUCGCCACACUAAGGCGGUACUCAGUGGCACAAACGAUUACUCUUACGAGUUUUGCCUUCUUCCUGACCUCGUGGCUGAACUCGGCGUCGGGAACGUCCGCAAACGAUCUGCAAUUUGUGCCAAACACCAGUGACAUAGAGCCCUGGUUUCAGCCUUGUGGCACCCGGCUGGCGGCCUCGCGAAGGAUGCACAAUUCCAGCGAUUCGAACAAUAUCAUGAAGAGGGUGCGAACGCAAUUGCGAGUCGCGCAAAAUCACUUCAACAAGACUUUCAAGGACGUGCGCAUAGUUUACUCGAAGGUGUACAGAGUGCUGCUAAAGGAGCAGUACAAGAUGAAUUGGUUGCCAAAAAAGCAACUCGAGUGGUACCAUACGGAACUUUGGUGUUUGGAAAGGGGAAAGAAAGCGGAGCGUGCUCUUCCACGUCUAUAUGAUGCGCUUCAGAAAUUUUCGAUUACGUUCCAUUUUCUUAGAGAAUAUCGCCUCGACUCUAAUAUCGAUGUCACUCGGGGCAUAAUUAAGAGGCGGACCAGGAUCAUCGAUAAAGCGCAUAACCAAGUUCUUAGGUUGCUGUGCGAAGUCGAAGCCGCUAUGAUAAAUCUGGAAUUGAGAACUUCAACUCUAAACGACGCAUUCAUCAUAACGGAUAACGUGCAAUGGGCCAAAGAGGGCGAUCUGACUCUAAUGUUGAUUCAGGAUUGGGGCGUGUUAAAGCUCUAUCAUACUUUUCUGAAAGAUUGGAUAAAGGUCUUCCGCAACGCCACCAGUGCCAACGACAACAGCUGCGAUCGUAACAUAAAGUCUAUUGCUCUUACGCAAAAGCAGGCGAAAAAAUUGUUCCAAAAGGGAGAACACCGAACGAGAACACCGAGGAAACAUAAAUCGACGAGGAAGCCCGGCGGUCGAAACAAUUCCGUGCGUCAGAACCUGCGAAAGGGGUCUGAAAGGAACAGACUGAUGAAGAAGAAAAAGUCCACAUUACGACCUACGUUACGAACAUAGACCAUGUCGAACCUGAAGAAGUUUGCGUUUUAGUAUCGACGAGAUCUGCUGAUAAUUUAAAGACACCGCUCUAUACAGCGUCGAAUCGUAUACUAUCUCUCACUAACAUAACUUUUUAUAUUUAUUCCAUUAUCGCAAUCAUGUCCAUUUUGAAUAGUUUCACUCGUUUUUCGCAGAUUUGCCAACGGAAUCGUGCUAUUGUACUACGAUUAUGUAUCUCAGCAGCCGUAAAAAAUCGUUUAAUCAAAUCAUUUCGGCUAAACACUAUUGGAUUAUGGUAAUCGAAGUAUUUUAUCGACAAUACGCGGCUGCAUACUAGGGACCAGUAUUAAAAGAUCUACUUCAGAACAGUAUUAUAUCUAAUAACAUACAUAAAAUAUACCGAGCAUAGCCCAUAAUGUUGAUAAUAAUGUUUCGAAGUACACGGCGCGCUCGAAUCGAUUGGACUCGCGAAAUAUCGGUCCAAUGGAUUACAGCCGCCGUUAAAGUGCACCUGGAAAUGCACACAUAAUCUUAUCGUGUUGUGUGUAUAUAAAAGGAAUGUAAAAACUCCAUUUUUAUUCAGGCACUCAACAAUCUGAGAACGACGAAAAAAAAAAACAGUACGUUAUGGAAAUGCGAAGGAGAGAAAGAGAAAGAAAUAUAGAGAGAAUAAAUUCACAGAUGUACUUGUCACGUUUAAGAUUGGCCGCCCGAUAUUUAUAUCGAUAUUGCCAGCAAUUCAGAUUCACGCUCACGGCCAAGGCGGCUUGUUACACGGUCACGGAUUUGAGUUCAUUCGAUUAAAAUUGACGGAGACUGCGAUACGCGCAGAUGUCGGUAGUACGUGAAAGGCUCGACGACGAGUUUAGGCGGCUCGUGAAAACUUAUUUAUUCUAGCUUUAAGCGGAUGGCGAGAAAACUUAAAUGUCGUUUAGCUGUGAUAUCCCGAGCGUACGCGGACGUACAGAGUUCCUACGUUUAUAACAUAGGCGCAUAUGUGCACAUACACAAUACACUUACAUAGAUAGGUAUCGUGCGUUGACGCGUACCAUACGGUAGACGUAGAUGAUUCUCUCUUCCUUUCCGGUGUGUUUUACCGAAGAAUCUCGCCUUGUCGUGGGAAAACACAUGACAAUUUUACCCUUUAUAGUUAAGUCCACUCGAAUCACUCGCGUUGUAAGCGUUAUAAGCGCGUAUAUAGAAGCGUUUUAGCGGAGACGAAUUACGUGGAUUUUUCACGAUUUCUUUCGUCUCGCUUUCGAUCAAAUUAUACGCAAGUGUGCUAAUCGAUAAGGGACCAUUACGAAUUUUAUUGAGAAUCGUUUAAGUAAAUCUUGUAUUUUAUACACGCAUCAUGUUGUUAUGUGCCUGUCAGCACACAUAACAAUGUGACCGUCUCUCCUUUUUUUGCGAUAGAUUAAAAUAUAUUUAUGUAUAUCGAUGCAGAUUCGAUAUUUUCGAUACUGAAGCAGUACUUAAGUUCAUAGCUUAGCGUUACGAAUGUACUAUGUAUGCCUUAUAUAGAACAUAUAUUAUUUAUUAGUAUAUGUUCUAAGAUGUAUGCACACGACGCGAUGCAAAUUGUUCGUAAACGCGCACAUAAAUUUAAGACCAUUAUGCAUUUUACACAAUACACAUAGAAUAUUUAUUCGGGCGUAUAUGCAUAGCGUUCUGUUCUAUUUAUUGUAUCACGUUACCAUUGCAUAUACUAUUUAUUGUCAUGUCUCUACUUAUAUGUGAUCAUCUCGAAUAAAUUCAAUGUUUUGUAUCGAACUGAUGUUUGGAUGACAGAGAUAUACCUUUAUAAUCCACGUAAUAGUUUAAUUUCACACAAUAUUGUAUGUUUUACAUGAACAUUCAACCGGAAAUAUCAGGAGUGCAUGAAGGAUGUUCAUUCAGCAUGGCAUUCGAUCAUUAUCCGUAAUGUAUAUAACGCAAAAAUAAUAGAUAAGAACGUGCUAUUUAAAAUGCAACAAACAUGACUCAUCGUAGCAAUAUUUUAAGGGAUUGAUUAGAUAAGCAGGAUUAAAUAAUGCAAGGCGACGAAAAUUUUUUGUAACUGCCAUUAUGUAUUUAUGUACGUGCUAUAAAUACAUCGCUAUAUCGCAA